AAAUAGAGUACGGGCAAGUUGAGGAUCCACUUGCAAGUUGCAACUGCAAUGCAACCCCCCUGUGCUUAGCGUAAGCAUCUCAUGACAUGCACUUCAAUUCCCCUUUCUUAUGCAACCAAAUCAAAUUUCCUUUCAAAUAACAACCACCUUCUAACCUCCCCUCUUUCUAUCUACUCAUCAAUAAAAACCACUCCUCCAAUGCAAACACAAAACUAAUGCAACUUGCACUUCAAAAAUACUCUCUCUAAUUAAUUUCCCAUCCUUGCCGUCUCCAACACCCUCAUAUAUAUCCUAUCACCAUUCCAACACAAUCUGAAAAACACUCACAACAAAAACAGACAUAUAUCAUUUACAUAUCAAAAAUUAAACAUUUAAAAAGCGAAAAAAAAAAUAAAAGAGAAAAUGCCUUCUUCUCUUCAACUAGAUCGAUUCAACUUCACCGCAACCACAACCGCAACCGCAAUUAUUGCUAACGGUUUAAACUGUCCUAGGCAGCCGUUAGCGGCGGUUCCACUUCCGUUAUCCAGCGGCUCUGAUGUCGCGUUGCAUCACCACGCGCACCUGGUUGGUUCCAACCAGUGUUGUUCCGUCAUGACGCAGGCGAUAGAGGCGCCCGUGUCUACGGUGUGGGAGGUAGUACGGCGCUUCGACAACCCGCAGGGGUACAAGAACUUCGUGAAGAGCUGCCACGUCAUCGGAGGCGAGACUCCCAUGCGUGUGGGCACAGUGAGGGAGGUGCGCGUGGUGUCGGGGUUGCCGGCGGUGUCAAGCACGGAGAGGCUGGAGAUACUGGACGACGAGCGCCACGUCAUCAGUUUCAGUGUGGUCGGUGGGGACCACCGGUUGAGGAACUACCGGUCGGUGACAACGCUGCACGCCGUGGAGGGCGGCAAGGGGACGUUGGUGGUGGAGUCGUAUGUGGUGGACGUGCCGCCGGGGAACACGAAGGAAGAGACUUGCGUGUUCGUCGACACCAUCGUUCGUUGCAACUUGCAUUCUCUCGCUCAGAUCAC